AUAAUAAGAUACAAAGGAGAGAGAUGGAUGGGAGCAGAAAUAGGAGAAAAAUGAGGGAGCUGGUAGUAAGUUUACCACCACCAGCCUCUGCCUCAGCCUCCAAUUCCACCACCCCAAGGGCUCUGCUGAGGAGCCUGGUGAGGUUACCGAAGUAUUGCAUAAGGAAAGGGAACAAAAAGGGAGAAUGUGGGAGUGAGAGAGGAGAAGAGGACCAAGAGAUUGUAUUAGUUCAAGAGCAGAGUGCUACUACGGAGGAGGAGCGAGAGGCUGUAGUCUCUUCGGGGAUUAGAACUGAACCCGUGUCUUUCAACCAAGGAAUCGGAAUGGGUUUAGUCUUCCUCAUGGUAAACAGUGCAUCUGAAUUCAAUAAAAUGAAGGAGCUGCGUAAACAAAUGGAAGUUCUUCUUAAAGAAAUUAAGGGCGAGAUGCGAAGAAAAAAUGAAGCUUCUAGCUAUUCAGUAUCACAUAAUUACACCGUCCUUUCUGCUUCACAUUGCUGGGGUGAUGAAAUCACGAGCAAUCCUAUUUCCUCCCAAGAUGCUGCUUACUCUGAUGAAAAAUGUGCCUGUGAAACAAAUUAUGAGAAAAGUCGGUGCCUGAAAAUAAAUCAGCUGGAGGAAGAGCUAGAGGUCGAACUAGAACGUUUGCAGAGGAAAACGGAAGAAGGUUCAUCUGUGCUUACACGAGAACAAAAUAUCGAGGUGGAAAGCAUGAAUAUCGAUCAUUCAGAAAGCUCGAGUGCAAAUUUUGUGGAAGCGAUCAAUGAGCCAAAACAAGAAGCGACUAGAGAUCACAAUGGGGUUUGUCCCCUUGAGCUCGAACGAAGAUUGCAUGAGCUUUUAGAAACAAGACAGCAAGAGAGGAUUGCAGAGCUCGAAACUGCACUAGAAUGUGCUGAAGGAAAGCUUCAAGAAAAAGAGACGGAGAUUUGCUGGUGGCGAGACACUGCAAGGCUCGUCUCGAAGCACAAAGAGGUAACACGUACUCUUCAGGUAAGUACGUGAUAUGAAGAGCAAGCAAAUGGAAGUAUCCCAUGUUUUGAUCUGGAGGAGAUGUAUCGAGGAUGCUCUUAGUGCAGAAUCAAUUACCUUUUGUUUGGAAGUGCAAUUAGUUCUAGCUUUUGGAUGGGGGAAAGUCAAAUUUUGGAGUUGUUUUGAGCCUGUAAUGAUUAAAAACAUGCAUUUCUUGUGCAUUCGGUAAAUAUUAAGGGUGUGCUUAUGGAUUUCAGAUAAGUAAAU